CCCGCCGCCCGUGCGCACCCACGAGCCGCCCCUCAUGCUGCGGGGGCUGCUGCGGGCGGGAUUCACACUGGCACACCUGCCCGACAACUUCGCAAAGAGCGGCUACGCCCCCCAGCUCUCCGACCCCAUCCCGCCCCUGAUGGAGGUUUCGGAGCGGAGCCUGCAGUACGACAUUGCUGACGUGGCGAGGUUCCGAAACCACUCGCUAUCGGGCGGGCGGCUGCCUGCGCCGUGCCCCUGGCCCGCCGAGCUGUUGGAGGCUAACCCGGUGUGGGGGCAGGGGUGCUUCCGGCCGCCAGAGGAUGCUCAUCCUCAGGGCCUCCGCGUCAUGUUCGCCUUCAACACCAACCUGUGGGCCGCCGCCAACCGCUCCAGCAUACCCCAGCUGGACGGACCCGUGGGUCUGUUCGGUCCGCAGCAGGACCCGCGCGCCUCCUGGUGGUCGCAGCGCAGCGAGGAGCAGGGAGUGGGCAACCGCGCCUGCUCCUACCUGCCCCCCGCCCUGCAACUGCGCAGCCGCUGCCGCUGCCGCCAGCCGACCGCAUGCGGGGCCGAGCAGGCGGCGCUGCUGGCGGCGCUGCAGGCGGGGCGGCUGCCGGUGCCGCCGGGGCGGGAGGAGGCGGAGGAGCUGGCGGCGCGGGUGGAGAGGG